AUGAUAUUACUAGCUGGUGACCUAAACGCAAGAGUGGGCCCUAACGACAACGCCCUAUAUGCAUAUUUUCACCAAUGGCCUCCAGAAAUGGAAACUAUCCCACCCCUAAUGAGAAGAUCAUCCUACGAUAAGACAUGCAACAUUGGAGGGCUACAUUUAGCACACAUGGCCUACAGACAGAAUCUACACUUACUGAAUGGGGCUAUACAAGGAGAUUAUCCUGGUCAAUACACAUAUUGGUCAGGACACAAACUGUCAACGAUAGACUAUUGCAUUGUCUCCCAGGACCUGAUCCCUAGGAUAUCAAAAUUCACCAUUACAGCAAGAGCUGAAAGUGAUCAUCUACCUUUAUCCCUCGUGUGUAAUUUACCCUUUGAUCUGCCCAAACCACAACGCAGAUAUCAACCAGAUCUAACACCCGGAACAGGCCUCAAGAAAAUCAGAUGGAACGGACAAGUGAGUGAGCGGAUAUCUAACUGGUAUAAAACUGAGGAGAGCUACCGUCUCUCAAAAGCAAUUAUGGAAGGGUGCUUAGAAAUAGAGGAGAGCGCCCCGAACAUGAUGACAACAUAUGAAAUGCUUAUACAAAAAAUUCAAGAGUUUGUUGUAAAACCGAAUUCCAAGUCUCCCCACCGUCGGAAAACUUCCAGGGAGUGGUUCGAUCACGAGUGUAUAACCUCCAAGAAAUCAUUGAUCCACUCCUUCAUCUGCCAUAAGGAUAAUCCAACAGAGGACAACAGACAAAAGAUGCUUGAAGCCAAAAACUUCUGA